UGGAGGCCACUGCGGGUCCCGGGAGACGGGACAGGCUCCAACUUUCGCUGAGUUUGGGGCUUGCUCCCGCGAGGGUAGGGCAGGAUCUUCGGGUUGAAUGACGGCCGGCCCGCCCCCGGCGUGACGUCGUCCCGGUGUUGUGGCUACGACCGCACGUGGUAGACAGAGUCCGCGACAGACUACGCUCUGCGACCUCAGCACCAGCCGCUGCCUUCCUGCUCUUUCCGUUCCCUAUGCCCUCAUCCACCAGCUGCCCAAUUCAUGGGGGCAGGGAAGGGCUGCCCAACUGCUACGGCAGCACGCCAGGGGGCAGGGGCACGCUAUACGCCACUACCCCUCCUCCCCCCGCCGAGGUCAGAGGGCCGGGCCAGGGUCGACAAGCAACAGGCACCAGGACCAUCUACGACCGAAAGUUCCUGCUGGAGUGCAAGAACUCGCCCACUGCCCGGAGGCCUCCCUGCUGCCUCCCUCAGACUCCCGGGGUCACAGUGCCUCCAACAGCCCCACCCCCCAAGCUAGAGGAGCUGACGGAGCAGAAGGAGACAGAGGAAGAGAUACCCGAUGAUGCACAGUUUGAAAUGGACAUCUAAUCCAGUGCAGAUGACCAUAUGUGGAAUGAGAGGAAUCCAUCACGCUGCUGCCACUACCUCCUUUCUCUGGGGUAUCCAAAGGCCUACUGGCCUCAUCUAAUCCGGAAGGGGGUGAUAUGUUGGUUCUGGGCCUCCAUGUUGGGUCUGAGGCAGCUAGACCAGGGAUAGGAGUGGGCAACUUGCCAAGCCCUUAGCUCUACUUUCUCUUUGGUCUGUAGGCACUCCUCCCAACCCCUGGCACUUGGCUCCAGCUGAGGCUGGGCCGGGGGAAUGGAGAAUGUCACUUUCUGACUGCUUAGUAAACAUUCA